AUGAGUGAUGACGCGCAAGGAUUGUACGAUUGGUUACUGACCCACCGUUUCUACUUGCGAUCUUCUGAAGUGCGAUACUAUUACGAGUUAGAAGGUCAAACAAUAGGGAUAAUACACAUUCAGGGCAUACAAAAUCUUCUUGUUCAUGUAUCAAACUUCGAGGAGAACUUGCCUAAGUCACUUCCUGUGCGAGAUUUCGUUGAGCAAACUGCGCUCGGAAAACUUCAUGCAGUGGUUGCUGAGAUGAAAGAAAACAACGAUACAUAUGAUGUCAUUAUCGCUUCGGAUACCGUGAUAUACUUUGAAGGAGAAAUCUUAGGAAAACCAGCGGAUGCAAAAGAUGCAUUCAAGACGUUGCAAAGACUUCGCGGACGAGAACACCUCGUAUAUUCGGGAGUCGCACUAGCCUAUAAAGACGGGACUGAGGAAGUGUUUAGCGAGGAGACUCGUGUUGAAUUCGGAGAGUAUCCGGACAGGAUUAUUCAACAAUAUGUCGAUAGUGGCGAACCACUGUAA